AUGACUGCCAAUGUCGACAUUGCCAAUUUCACAGAGGAUGACAAGUUUAUCAAAAUUGGAUAUAUUGGAUCGACUGGCGGUCCUUUUGCCAGAUUCAGGGCUCAUGCCAGUCCAAAUUCAGGUUGUCCCAAAGUAUGCGCCGCGAUCCAAACGGCCAGAUCAUUUUGGACCAAGAGGCCCCAAAGGGAUGCUACUGGAGAUCAAGCACAUCAGAGAAACUGGAAUCAGCCAGUCUCUGAAUGCAACAACGUGGAUGCCAGAGUUCAAGCCAAAGAUGUUUUCGUUUGUGACGUUUAUGCCAAACCUCACCAAAGAGCAAACCAUCUCUUAUCUGAACCAACUCUCGUCAGAGGAAGUCAAAACAGACUCGUCUCUCCCUGGACUCCACAAGGUGCCACUCCGUUUAAACGGAUUCACUUUCUGGAAAGAUGUUUCUGGGUCCAAGACAAUCAAUUGUUGCCUAUAAAGUCAACACUAAGAUCAAGUGACGAUACUUUUAGAGUUUAUAUUGGAACAAAUCUAGAUGAACAAAACAUUCUUUUUCGAUCAAAGACUUAUGACGACGAUAAACUUCACCAAUGUUCAAAAGAGUGCCCUCUCAAUGGAAUGCCAAUCGAUUCCACUUAUUCUCAAAUCGGUCAAUGUUUACUGUUACAUUAUUUCAAAUUAGAAAACAAAGUGACCCGCUCCGAACCCAUCACAAAGGUAUCCAACGAGGACUGGACCAAAUUCCUCCCUAAAUAUGCAGUUUGUAUGGAUUCAUUUAAGCAUCCCCACGACCACCAGAAAGCCAGUACCAAAGCCCCCACCGAGACCAACGGUUAUAUAGACAUUCGCAAGGCAAAGAACAUUACUGGAGCUAUCAAAACAAUUACAGCCCACAACAAAUUCGAUCUCUCCUUGGAUCCCGAAACCCAACAGUUAUACUCUCAAUCAAAUGUCAAUAUCUUAUGGAAAAGAUCAGAGGAUACUGAUGCUAAAAGAUCAGAUGUAGCAUGCCAGGCAGCCAUUUCUUAUUCCAACCCGAUCAUUCUAUUGUUCCACGGGAAAACUCCACCAACUCUUGAGAUCUUUAAGAAAAAGAUCAAGUACUCUGAGCACUCGCUUGACUUUUUCAACAAACUCCAAGACACGCUUAAGAUCACAUAUGAUGAUGCCAUCAAGGUUAGAACCUUCCCCGAGGAAUGGGGUACCCCCCUUGAAUAUGGCCUCGAAAGUCUCAACAUCCCUCGAGACAACCCAAUAUACCAAACCAAAUUAGAGGUUAACCUCGAUGACCUCGAGGAAGAUGAUCCAAAUGACGCGUCUACCCAGAGAUUAAAGGUAUUUCAUGAUGCAUUCUUUGCCUUACAACCACAACAGCCCCAACAAGUACGAUACGUUAUCGAAAAGACAAUGUCCAAUCACAAUCUUAUUGAUCCAAAUCAAAAUUUGAUGAUUGAGAAUCUUCAUUCAAAGUUUACCAAUAAUGGAGUCAACCAAGAAGAAAUCAAGAAAAAUCUUGCUAAUAAUAUGGAUCGUCUUGAGGCCCAUAUGCUCUCAGCAAAUAGAAAACAAUGUUUAGUUGUGACAAUCUAG